CGAACCCAGGCAAAGCAGAUUAUCUAUACACACAGCUUCUGUAUCUAUAUUUUAACCAGGGUUAGGUUCUAACCAGGUGAAGACGAUGCAAUCUUGAUAUAUAUAUAUAGCUGCUGUUAUAAAUUAGUCCUGAACAAAAUUUAUCGAAAAUCACAGUGAUUGUGUUCUCUCUUCAGAUCUGGCGGUCUGAUUGUGGUGUAAGUUAUAUAUAUCAUCAGAAGAGAUGGCUUUCUGGAUGUAGAUUUUCGAUUAGUUUAUCGAGUAUUGUGGUGUGAUUAGAAGUUGCUGAUUUGAUUGAUGAUUGUUCGUGGAUUGGGUGUUUUUGUGAAAGUUCGACCGGCUUCUGAGUUUGGGGGUCUUUUGGGAGUGAGGGAGGCUGCCUCUUCUGUCGCCAUCUGGGUUGCCGGCAGUAGAAACAGAAAGAGUCUUCCGUUAUUUCAUGUCGCGUAACUCAGACAGCCCUGUUCAAACACAGAUGGCGGUAGCAGUUUUGAGUAGUCCGUUGGGUAGGGAAUACCAGAGAAGCAAUAUGGUGGAAGGGAAGCCUGCUGGUACAAGACGUGUUUUUGUGCAGACUGAAACAGGAUGUGUGUUAGGGAUGGAAUUGAAUCGUAGUGACAAUGCACAUACGGUGAAGAGGAGAUUGCAGAUUGCCCUCAAUGUUCCAAUUGAGGAGAGCUCGCUGACAUAUGGUGACAGGGUUCUUGAUAAUGACCUCAGUGCUAUUCGGAAUGAUUCUCCUCUUCUUCUUACCAGAAACUUGAUCCAUAGAAGUUCGUCAACUCCUUGUCUCUCUCCUCGUGGGGGUGAUCUUGAUCAGAGAGAUCGGAGUGGUCCAAUUGAGAUAUUGGGUCAUUCUAAAGUCUUUGUCAAGACAAAACAACUGGUUAAAGAAAUUGUCAAGGGGAUGAAGCUUGGGGUUGAUCCACUUCCUGUUCAUGGUGGGCUUGGAGGUGCGUACUACUUUAGAAACAAAAGAGGUGAAAGUGUUGUUAUUGUCAAGCCUACAGAUGAAGAGCCUUUUGCUCCGAAUAACCCGAAGGGUUUUGUUGGUAAAGCUCUCGGGCAACCAGGCCUGAAACGUUCUAUUCGUGUUGGGGAAACAGGUUUCAGAGAAGUUGCGGCUUAUCUACUCGAUUAUGAUCAUUUUGCUAACGUUCCUCCCACUGCACUUGUGAAGAUUACUCACCCAAUCUUUAAUGUGAACAAUGGGGUAAAUGCCAAAAAACCGCAAAACAAGCAGCCUGUGAGCAAGAUUGCUUCCUUUCAGCAAUUUAUACCCCAUGAUUUUGAUGCCAGCGAUCAUGGGACGUCAAGUUUUCCAGUUGCUGCUGUGCAUCGUAUUGGGAUAUUAGAUAUUAGGAUUUUGAAUACUGACCGACAUGCUGGAAACCUGCUUGUGAGGAAGCUUGAUAGUAUUGGGGGGUUUGGUCAGGUGGAACUCAUUCCCAUUGAUCAUGGUCUUUGCUUGCCAGAAAGUUUGGAGGAUCCGUAUUUCGAGUGGAUCCACUGGCCUCAGGCUUCGAUUCCAUUUUCGGAUGAUGAACUGGAGUAUAUCCAAAAACUAGACCCGUUUCAAGAUUCUGUAAUGCUGAGGGAUGAACUUCCAAUGAUUAGGGAGGCUUGUUUAAGGGUAUUGGUUCUCUGCACUAUUUUCCUCAAGGAAGCUGCGAGUUUUGGUCUUUGCCUAGCUGAGAUUGGGGAGAUGAUUAGUAGAGAGUUUCGUCGUGGUGAAGAGGAGCCGAGUGAGCUUGAGAUUGUGUGCAUGGAGGCAAGAAGGCUGAUGGCUGAGAGGGAGAUCUUAUCCCCUAAGGUUCAUGCUGAAGAUGAUGGGUUUCAGUUUGAUAUUGAUUGUGAAGAUGCGGGAUUUGACUUCUCGGAGGAAUUAAUGGCUAAAUCUUCUUUCCAUUUUGGUGGAAGUAUUUCUAGUGGGCGGAAUCCACUUUCCAGGCUAGAGGAAAGCAUUGAGGAGGAAGUGGAGGAGGAAGAAACUGAAGCUGUUGUUGAUGAUAAGAAACCCAUAAAAUUUGCAAGCCCUGCAAAGAAACCUAACAUCUCCAAACUAUCUAUGUCACUAAAGAAAACUAGUUUAGAUGAGAGCAUGAAGUACCAGAAGUUCUCAGCAAGCAGGCCAGAAUAUGGCUUUAACACAAACUCAUCUGGACAUAGAAGUGCAGAUGAGCAGCUCCCUGCUAGUGCUAGCUUUGUGAAAUUUUCGGACAUGCGAGAGGAAGAGUGGGCACUGUUUUUAGAGAAGUUUCAGGAGUUGCUCUAUCCUGCAUUUGCUCAGCGGAAGUCCGCGACCCUUGGACAGAGGCAGAGACAGAGGCUUGGUACUUCCUGCAAGUUUUGAUAUUGAGGUAUAACUAUAUGUUGCCAUUAGAGAAGACUGGAAUAAGAAUGCAGACUUUGAGAAGUAUUUUUGGAUUAGGUUUGCUUGCUUAUGCAGUUAUCUACAGGUGUCGAUGUAGCUUGGACUUGGGAGGCAGUGAAAAAAACUCAUUGUAAAUAUUUUCCAAAGGCAGCUGAGUGAAAGGCUGAGCUAGUUGUAGUAUUUUUUUUUUCUUUUUAACUUUCUUUCACUCCGAGACUUGUUUGAUAAAUAAUUUGUAGAAUGCAACCAAAAAAAUAAUAAAAAGUUUAUGUAGAUAUUGAUAUUUGAUA